AUGGUUGUGAACUUCACCUCAGGAGAGUGGGCUUUGUUGGAUUCAAGUCAGAAGAAGCUCUACAGAGAUGUGAUGAAGGAGACAUUUUUGAACCUGAUCUCCAUAGAAGAAGCAAUAGAAGAAAAUAUUGGAGAGAACUGCAAAGACCUCAGCAGAAACACACGAUCUCAAGCAAUUGAUAAAUACUAUAUAUGUACAUGUGAUCAUGAGUGUAAUAAAAACGGGAAAUCUAUUACAGAGAAUAUCAUCAGUAAAGACAUGCAUCCUGGAGAAAGAGUAUGUCAAAGCCCAUUGCAUGUAAGAAACAUCAUUGGUCAUUCAUCCCCACAUGGGUAUCUCAGAGAGCAAACUACAGGGAUACCAUCUGUUUGGAGGAAAGCCAUGGCCAAAGCUUUUACACAUCAGGAACAUUGGAAAGACAUCCAUCAUUCUGAAUCACUGCAGGUACUUGAGACAUCUCCCCAGGAGAAACCCUGUGAAAGUCAAGAAUAUAAGGAAGCCUGUAGGAGUCUCAGUUUGGAUCAGCCUCAGGAGAGAGCUCACCCUGGAGUUACACUCAAUGAAAAUGAGGUAACAGGAUACACAUUUGUUCAGAACAAUGAAGGAAUCCAUAAAGAAGUGAAACAGUUUGUAUGUAAGCUCUGUGAAGAAUCCUUCAUUGAGUCCAGUGACCUUUACAACCAUGAAAAUAGUCAUAUUGGACAGAAAAGGUACAAUUGCAGGCAAUGUGGCAAAACAUUUAAAUGCGCAAAAUAUUUUGAGAAUCAUAAAGUAAGUCAUACAAAAGAGACGCUUUAUGCUUGUAAGAAUUGUCAAAAAACCUUUACAUGCUCCAGUCAUCUGAAGGAACAUCUACGGAUUCACACUGGACAGAAGCCUUAUGCUUGUAGGCAUUGUGGGAAAGCAUUUACCACCUCCAGUAAUCUGAAAGUUCAUGAAAGGGUUCACACUGCAGUGAAGCCUUAUGCAUGUAAGCACUCUGGAAAAGCCUUCAGCCAGUCCAGUAAUCAUAAGACUCAUGAAAGGACUCACACUGGACAGAAGCCUUACUGUAGGCAUUGUGGGAAAGCCUUCAGUGACUUCAGUAGUCUGAAGAAUCAUGAAAGAAAGUACACUGGAGAGAAGCCUUAUGCAUGUAAGCAUUGUGGAAAACCCUUCAGCCUGUCCAGGAGUCUUAAGAUACAUGAAAGGAUUCACACUGGAGUGAAGCCUUAUUCAUGCAGGCAUUGUGGAAAACUCUUCAGUGACUCGAGUAGUCAUAAGAGACAUGAGAGAAAGCACACUGGAGAGAAGCCUUAUGCAUGCAGGCAUUGUGGGAAAGCCUUCACCCGGCCCAGUAGUCAAAAGAGACAUGAAAGAAAUCACGCUAGAUAGAAGCAUUAUGUAUGUAAACAUUAUGAAAAAUCCUUUGCCCCAUUUACAUCCAGAGUUGAAUGAAAAAAGUCAUGGGAUAGAAACAAAUUUUGUGUAAAACAUGUGGGAAACUAUUCAUUCAGUCUAGUGAUCUUUACAAUUGUGAAAAAGUUCACUCAAAAGACAGACAUUAUUCAUGUAAGCAUUUUACAAAAGCUUCGGUGACUCCAGUAGUCCCCACAGACAUGGAAGUGUCGCACCGGAGAGAAGUCUUAUUAUUUUAAGCAGUGUUGAGAAGCUUUCAGCCACUUUGGUGGUAAUAGCAGACAUGAUGUGCUUCACUCUAGUUAGCCUAAUGCUUGGUAGCAUUGUGGAAAAGCCCUCAAUAGUUCCAAUUGGCACAAGAGCACUAAAAAUGUUCACGUUGGAUAGAAAGCCUUUCUUUGUAAGUAUCUGGGAAACCAUUUCUUUGCUCUUGAGAUUUUAUCAAGGAUAAAAGACCUCACACUUGUGAAGAACCUUUUCAAUAUCCGCAUUGUGGAAAAGCUUUGGACACUUCAUGUUUUGUAACCCUCAUUCAAGAACUUACAUCAGAAAGGAGUUUAAUGUAAGUAUGCAUCUAAGUAUUGUGCCAAAG